AUGUUUACAACAGCACGUCCUGACACCUUGUUCUUGGGUGCCCAGAAAGUUAGUGGUGAUGAUGUUCGUACUCAAACAGUAUUAGCCGCACAAACCGUUGCCAAUGUUGUAAAAUCAUCGCUCGGCCCUGUUGGCUUGGAUAAGAUGUUGGUUGAUGACAUUGGAGAUGUCACCGUGACGAAUGAUGGUGCAACAAUUUUAUCUCUUUUGGAUGUUCAACAUCCAGCGGGCCAAAUCUUGGUUGAGUUGGCUCAACAGCAGGACCGUGAAGUUGGAGAUGGUACAACUAGUGUUGUACUUAUUGCUGCUGAGUUGUUGAAGAGAGCCCAUGAAUUGGUGAGAAACAAGAUCCACCCUACUACAAUCAUCAGUGGGUACAGAUUAGCGUUAAAAGAAGCCAUUAGAUAUAUCAAUCAAACAUUAUCGCAAAGUGUCGACACAUUGGGUAAAGAGACGUUGGUCAAUAUCGCCAAGACUUCAAUGUCUUCAAAGAUCAUUGGAUCUGACUCUGAGUUUUUCAGCAAGAUGGUUGUUGAUGCAAUGCUUGCUGUUAAGACAACAAAUGGGAAAGGAGAGGUGAAGUACCCUGUCAAGGCGGUUAAUAUAUUAAAGGCACAUGGUAAAUCAUCAUUGGAAUCGGUGUUGGUCAAUGGAUAUGCAUUGAAUUGUACGGUUGCAUCACAGGCAAUGGUGAAGCUGGUCAAGGGCGCCAAGAUUGCUUGUUUGGACAUCAAUUUGCAAAAAGCAAGAAUGGCGAUGGGUGUGCAAAUCAAUAUCGAAGACCCAGAUCAACUUGAAGAGAUUAGGAAAAGAGAGUAUGGUAUAAUUAUUGAGAGAAUACGCAAAAUUUUGGCAAGUGGAGCCAAUGUUGUGUUGACCACCAAAGGUAUCGAUGACUUGUCGCUAAAGGAGUUUGUUGAAAACGGAUGUAUGGCAGUUAGACGUUGUAAAAAAGAAGAUUUAAGGAGAAUUGCUAGAGCCACUGGAGCUACUUUAGUAUCGUCAUUGAGCAAUUUAGAGGGUGAUGAAACAUUUGAUGCUAGUAAUUUGGGUUAUGCCGAAGAAGUGGAACAAACAAGAAUCAGUGAUGAUGAAUGUAUCUUGAUCAAAGGUACAAAGCAACAUUCUUCAAGUUCGAUAAUCUUGCGUGGUCCAAAUGAUUAUUCCUUAGAUGAGAUGCAAAGAUCAAUCCAUGACUCGCUAAGUGUUGUUAAACGGACAUUAGAGAGUGGGAAUGUCGUACCCGGAGGAGGAGCAGUUGAAACUGCGUUGAACAUAUACUUGGAGAAUUUUGCAUCCACCGUUGGAUCAAGAGAACAAUUGGCCAUUUGGGAGUUUGGCUCAGCCUUAUUAAUUAUCCCAAAGACAUUGGCACUGAAUGCGGCUAAGGAUGCGUCAGAGCUCGUGUCAAAGUUGAGAACGUAUCAUGCAAUGUCACAGAUGGCUAAACCAGGAGAUGAGAAGAAGAGAAAAUACAAGAAUUACGGAUUGGAUUUGAUCAAUGGUAAAGUUGUUGAUGAAGCCACACAUGGUGUUUUGGAGCCCACUAUCUCCAAGAUCAAGUCAUUGAAGUCAGCAUUGGAGGCAUGUGUUUCUAUCUUGAGAAUUGAUACAAUCAUUGAAGUGCAUCCAGAACCGCCAAAGGAGGAUCCUCACGGACAUGAUCAUUAG